AGUUAUUGCUCGAAGCUGGAUCUACAGUUGAUACAAACAGUAGUCCUGAUAAAGAAUCUAUCUUGCUAAAGGCCGUCAAAAGAUCGCACUAUCAAUCUGUAGAGUUGCUCUUAAAAUUUGGUGCCAAAACAGAUGACGAUAGCUCCUUUGGUCGUGCAAACGCUGUCAUGGAAGCAUGUGUGAAGAAUGAUCUUAAUAUGAUGAAGAUUUUAGUACAAGCAUCUGCUAAUCUAAACACACCUAGUUGUAUCGAGCGUACUGAUGAAAACGGUAAAUACAAAGUGACACUUCACCCAGUAUUCGUAGCAUUACCAAAGGACGAACUUUUCGAGUUUAUGGUAAAAUCCAACGUUGACCUUGACGUGAUCGGCCCAGCAUCUAAACCUGAACUCGCAAAACCAUUAUUCAUGUUCGCUGUUUACACAAACAACACAAAAGCACAAGAGCUCAUGUUGAAUAGAAAUAUCGACUUGAAUUUAGGCGAUGCUGAUGAUACACGUACCAUCUUUUAUGAAGCUUUCUUCUCCCAUAUGAAGUUUGGCACCAACGACAACAAAAUGACCUUUGGACCUAAUGUUUAUGAGCAAAUGAUUCAUUCUUAUAGACCAAAUGUAAACUUUGUCGACACAAUACUCAAUAUGACACCACUUGAAGGUGCAAUUAGACAAAGAAAAAUAGCUGUUGUUGAGCACCUUCUUCAACUUGAUGCCAACCCUAAUCUUGAAAGCAACGGCCCCGAAUCCCACUUUUUGAAUCCAGAAGGUGAGGAAUUGCCUGCCUUCAUUCAUGCUGCCUUGGAAAAUGAUGAAAAAAUGUUCGAAAUGCUUGUUGAAAGGUCACGUUAUCAAAUAAAUUGGCUUUGGAAGGACACCAAAAACAGAAAUAUCCUCUCUUAUAUUUUGGGUGGAUUAAAUGGUUACAGCCAGCAGAGCAUUGAUAUGUUGAACUAUAUUUGCAAGGAAGCUCCGUCGGAAUUCAGAAAGCUUGCAGCGAUGACGGAUGAUACAGGUAAAAAUCCCAUCAUAUAUGCCAAAGCUACACAAAACAACGCACUCUAUCAGGUUUUUGUAAAGGCGCUUCCUAGAAGCAUGACAGAUGAUAUCGACAUCGAUUCCCAAGAUAUGGAAACAGAAGAUGUCUCAAAUAUGGAUAUUGAUUUCAUUUCCUCCCUUGUUGUGGAAGAAGAUGCAAACAAGGAGCGUGCUAUUCUCCAGGAAUCCAAAGAUGCUAAACGUCUUGCUAAGAAUAAGCAUGCUAAUAAGAACAAGGAAAAAAAAGCUGUUGUUGAUCCCUACUCAAAUUUGGAAAAAGUGGGUGUCAUUGCAGUAGAUGAAGAUGGAUCUGAACUUGAUAUCAUGCUUUUGAAAGCCGAAUUCUCAUACCAUGUUGAUUGCUCCUUCUACAAGCUGAGUGUCAUUUAUAACAAGGUACUUGAUGUCUAUAUUUUAUGGACUCGAUGGGGUUCUUUGGGAGAAGAGGGUAUGCAUCAACGUACACCAUACCUGACCAAGGAAGAGGCUGCUGCAGAAUUCAAGUCCAUCUUCAAAUCAAAGACCAGCAAUCAUUGGGAGAAGCGCCACAUCGAUUUUGAACGUAUUCCAGGACGCUAUGAUAUCCUAAAGACAUUCACUCAUCCCAAGGACUCCAUUAUCAAGAAGUUUGAUUUUAACUCCACGAAUGUGCCCUCCCAGCUCUCUAGCAGUAACUUGAAUCUGAUGAAAUUGAUUUGCAACUUUGAAUAUCUUUCUACAGUCUACAACAAUGUUCAUAUUGAUAUGCCAUUUGGUCAAAUUCCUUACAAAACCAUCAAGGAAGCUCAAGAUAUUUUGAACAAAAUUCUUGAGAUUACUGACAAACUCCCUUCGUAUAAUGCUUAUUAUGGUGACAAAACCAAAAGGCUGGAAAUGAUUAACCUGAAAAAUCAAGUUGCUCAGUUAACUAUUGACUACCAUCGUUUGCUACCAUACAAGGCAACCCUUGAUAAAUCCGUCCUCGAAACAAGACGUAUGGAUUCCUUCAAAAAACAGCUCAACAGAAUAAAUGAUCUUAGCUAUGUAGGAUUUGCCGUCAAUGUGGUACUCGCUGCUAAACAUCACUCCAAGGAAAUUCAUCCAUUGGACUAUGCCUACAAGUCUCUUGAAUGUUCCUUGGCUCCCAUUGCCCAGGAAUCUACCGAGUUUAGUAUGAUUAAUGAAUAUAUGAAUACAACUUCCAACAGAAGCCAUGAACUUGUCAGUGUCUUUGGUGUCAACCGAGAAGAAGAAAGCUUGAAUUUCCGUCAACACGAAAAUGAUGUCAAUCGUAAACUUCUUUGGCAUGGUUCCAGAAUUGGUAAUAUUAUGGGUAUUCUUAAACAAGGACUCCGCGCUGCACCUUCAACAGCAGCAAAUAAUGGUGCCAUGUUGGGAAGUGGUAUUUACUUUGCCGAUGCCUUUGCUAAAUCUGUCAACUACUCGGUCAAUUACGCUAAAAGCUACGGCUCUUUCUAUAAAGUCAUGUUUGUCUGUGAAGUCGCGCUUGGUACAUCCCAUAUCUAUAAGAAUACAUCCAACAUAGAAGAAAUUAUCAAGGAAGACUCUGUAAAAGCCGAAGGUAUGAACAGCCCCAGUCCAGAUUGUGCCGUCAUCGACAAACACGGUGUUAUGGUCCCUAUGGGUCCCUUAGAAAGAAGAGAAGCCGACCAAUUCCCAGAAUCCGUCUUGCUUAAUCAUAGUGAGUUCUGUGUCUAUGAUAAGUCUCGCGUCAAGAUCAGAUACUUGGUUGUUGUCAAGGAAAAGGAUCAGUGCUCGUUGUGCUACACUACCAACAAGAAUGUCAAGGUCUUAGGCGAACAUAAUGUCAAAAACUUUGAGUUUAAGGGUUUCAAUAAUUAUGAGGCGGAGGUAGCCAAGAGUUAUCUGUCUCAUGAGGGUAAAUCUAUCAAGGAUAUUUAUGAUGAAGACUUGAGUGCGUUUUUGGACCAUGGUCUUUACAAAAACAAAUGGAAGACCCCCAUUGAUAUCAAUGCCAACUAUAGAAUCUGCACAAACUGCUCAUACGCGAUCGCUACCUCCAUGUUGGUUAAUAGAAUUAAAUCUAGUGAACAUAACCAGUCCAUACCUCAUUCGAUUAUCGGCAGAAAUCCUUGUAAAUAUGGAAAGGAAUGUAAAAAUCAAAAUACCCUCGGUCAUGCCAAGAAGUAUGCUCACUGGUUCAAUGAUCCAAUUAAAAAAAAGAAUUUGCUGGAAGAAGGCGAUAUGGAUACCGACGAAGAUGUUGAAAUGAGCCAAAGUGAUGAGAAUAACGAUGAAACCGAGUACGAAACCGAGGAAGAAACCGAGGACGAAAGUGAUGUGGACGGAUUUGAUGAUCUCUUUUAAACACUUUAUUAUGCUAAAACUACUAUGUAUUAUUUUUUUUUAAAAAACAUUUUUCAAU